AUGUCUGGUAACAAGGUCGACAUGGAACUCAAAAAACAUAGCUUGAACAUGAGUCCAGCAAACGCUGUACCUAGAGAAUUUGAGCAGGCAACCUGCCUGUCCAGACUUGAUCCAUUCUCGUUCAGAUCAAGUACGAAUCGAGACACCCACGAGCCUGCGUAUCUCAUUCCCAUAUCCCAGUUCUUACGUUCUGAAGGCAUGACGCCUACUCCAAGAAGAGGCUCUGGUCAGGGUAGAACGCCCAGUAGUCGAAGCAACGAGAAGCGAAAGACAAAACAUGGCUUAUCCACUCCCCCAUCCUCGCGCGGUAACAGCAGAAAGAAGAACAACAAGCUUCUAGCAAAACUCCAGCAGGUCCACGAGUCCCUCAAGAAGCGCAAGAAGGUGUCCCCUAGCAAGUCCAAAACUGACCGAAAAACUGAUACGGAAGAGGCAGUAGAGACGUCAGCAAAUACUCAACCAUUAGCUGCUGAUACUGCAGGAAACUAUGACUCCGAUGCCGUCGAGGAUGAAGAACAGCAGCCUGCUGCACAAGACACUCAACCCGAUCCACUUGAUAGUGGUGAUGAGGUCGACCUCUCAAGAUUAGCCGACGCAGGUAGUGAGCAACCAGUCAAGAGAACGUCCGCAAAGACUGAUGAUGGCAUGUCCACAGCUCAUCAACAUGAUGCUUCCAGUGAGGAUGACUCCGGAGAAGGAGAUGGCGUAUCUGUCCAUGCGGUCUCUAGCGGCGACGAGAUAGCAGUCUCCAGUGGCGAUGAGAUGGUCAAGCCGACAGAAGACCCAGUGACCGCACCACGAAAACAAGCGACUGCCACUUCGCAGCGCACAAAAACCCGCUCGCAAUCUGCUAAGGAACAGCCAUCGACUCCUCAUCAUACCAAAGGCCUUCUCAAACGAAAGACGACUCCUGGCUCGUAUGCACCUCCCGAAACCACCGAGGAUGAUGUAGAAUCUGAAGCAGAAGACGCAUCUGAUGAUGAGUACAUGGGAGAUGCUGUUUCUGAUUCAGAUGUAGAGUCAGAGCAAGAUGCUGGAGGGGAGAUUGACUCAAAGGCGGCAGCAGAUCUCAUGGAUGUGGACGAUGAAAUUGUGGUAACACCAGCAAAUCCUCUGCCCUUUCGAGGACGAAGACCAUCCACGAAUCAGCAGAGAUCUAUAGCCACGCCACGAUCAUCGCGGGCAUUACAGACCAUCAGCAAGAGCCGACCAAGAGAAUCGGUCGCUCGGGCAAAGCAACGCACUGCAGAAGAGUCCAAACCACCAAAGCCGUUCGUAUGGAAGAAUACAUAUUUCUUUCGUUUCGCGCCUCGCCGGUACGACAUUUGCCUGCACCCUUAUCAUGCCGACUAUCAGCUCCCACCCAACGCCAGGGAGCUGAAACCACCACCAAAGACUUACGAGCGACCUCGAGUCAGCCUACAUGUUGGCAUUGUCAGCGUCCUAGCACGAACACAGAAACGGAAGGUUGCGAAAACUGGUGGGAUCAAAAAGGUUAUUGUUCCCUAUGGUAACGAUGCUGAGAUGGUGCCAGCAGUUACCGAGACCAAGCUACGAGAUUCUGUCACGAAAUCUUUCCUCGGCAUCGAUGAGGUGAUCUUCACAAGAUCUAUGGAGGACCCAGAGUAUCGAACCGAACAAGAGGCAGCAUUUCUUGCACGAUUUCAGAAUCUCGAUGAUACGGAGCACAAACGUGUGAUCGAAGAGUUCACGAACUGGCGAUACGAGCGAAGACGUAGCGAGUACGCUGUCAUUCGCCGUAUCAUGAGGGAAGGCUAUAUGAACCUGUUUCAUCCCAAUUCUAUCGUGCGAGCUCAAAGCACAGUUGAAUCUCUUCAACAACUUUGGCUUUUCAUUCGUGAAGAAGAGCGACUGGAAGAGGAAGAGGCCAUACCUGUGCAGUAUGCUGGGCGGCGUAGCGAACCUGUCAUCGAGUUGGCAAACAUUCCAGAACAGAAGCUUAUGGCUCUCAAGAAGAUAUCUGGAUUGAAAGAGGAAGAUGACCUUGUUGAGCACGCUAAGUCCACAGUGAAGGCGAAGUGGGCAAGUCAACAGAAAGCUUGGGAUAAAGCUAAGAAGCCCAAAGGUCCUCGUCCACACACAGCUCCAGCGGAUCUGAGCAAGCGGUUUCGCCAAGCACACGAGCUCGAUGAGGAGUAUAAUCUGGAGGAAGAAGCGAUGGAACUUGUCCAAAAAUGGAUUGAUUCUUGCAAAAGCAAGCCAGGCCGUCCACGAAAGCACGCUGCACGCGACUCUGGCUCCGAUGCAGAUAACAGUUCUGACGAUGAUGGUACUCAGCGCAAACAACCUACUGGCAAAAAGAAGACUACUACGAGCUCGAGAAAGCUGGCAUCACCACCGUCCGAAUCAUCAUCUGAAGACGAGAAAGGACCUGAUUACCGUGAUUUGGUGAAGGAUCAGACCAGAAAACCACGUCGCCGAAGGAAUUACGAUGGUUACAAGACUGAUGCACUUUCAGAGACCGAACCUCCUACAGAUAGCGAAAUGAACAUGAAACCCAAGAAGUUGAGGGAAGUACGCUUCGGUGACAAGAAUUACCAGAAGACGAAUGCUGUAGCAGCAGCCACACCCUCUACAAAUACUGGCCAGGCCACCAAGAAGCCGACUAGGUCGAGUAUCAAUCCUCGUUUUGCCAAAGACAACAUCAAUAGUGACUGGAAGGAUGUCGAGCAGGCCGUUGAAAUACCUGACAUCACAAAACCUUUCGGAUACAAGCCACCAAGCGCACAAGCACAAGCUAAGAUCGCCGAUGACAUCGAGGUUUAUUGGCAGAUCUAUGGAAGUUACAAGCAUCCCAAACUUCUGAACACCCCCGCAACUGAAUUGCUUUGCGUUUUUCAUGCUAUGAUCCUCAGUAUGAAGAGUCUCAAUGGUUUAGGCGCAGAAUUUCCUGCCAUCGAAGCAGCACAACUUCAGAAAGAAUUCAAUCGACCCGUACACCAGAACGUGAGAAACACAGUAGGUGCGCAAGCAGACUCGAACUUACUUGUCGAUAUUGGUGCAUCGGUCCUUACGUCCUACAUGCUACGGCAUCAUGACCUCCUCGUUCAGGUCGGAUGGCUUACACCCGACGACACUCCACAUCUGCUGCCUGUCGCAGAAGGUCAGGGAAAGAACAUGAACCAGCCCCAGAUAUUGUUCAUCUACAACAACAACAUCUCAGAAACAGUGCCAACGGCAAUGAAUCACUUCCAAGGUAUUGCCGCUAGAGCACUGCUCCCAAGCCAUACCAGAGUCGCAACUACAACUGAGGAGGUUGAGCAAGCAACGCCAUCCAAGACUUCAACAAACAACAAGGCUACGCCUGCUACAGUGAAGAACACGUCCUUCAUUCGCCCAAGAUUCUCUGAGGCAAUAUACCGCGAAGUCCAGGAAGCAUUGGAUCGAGAUUGUUGGAAACCAGAGCAAGUGGUGAUGGAGAAAGACUUCAGAUACGCUGGUAAAGCCAAGGUUCUAAUCUGUUUAUGCAAGGAUUAUGAUGGCGUCAAGCACCCAUUCUUAGCCUACAUUCGGGUGUACAUUGACGCACAUGGUUGCCACGUUGUUUCCCAGGUUUCUCGUGAGAUACAAGAAGGAAAGUUCAGAACUUCUGCAUUGUACGAUGAUCAUGCUAGCCAUUGGGGUCAAGGGGCAGAGUUUGGCGCUCGGUGGGUGACCUAUUACGAAUGGUGUCGCCUAAUGAAAGAGUACAAAGGUGCCGGCAAGAUUGUACUCCCGCUACGAGACAGUCAAGUCCACGGUGCAGUGAUGAAACUGGAUGAAGUCGACCAACACCUGGAGCAGAACCUCAGUCGAUGGAACUUUGGUCGUAAAUUGCGGUACGACCUAAAGUAUACCACACCUGAUGAAGGAUUCAUCCCAGUCGGCAAGAAGUCUGUUAACGUGAUCAUUGGCUACAAGGACGCUGAUAAUGAGGACCAUACUAAGGAUCUCCACGUACGGGUACAGCACAACAAGGAUGGUCACUAUCGGAAGUCUGAGGUAGCGCAGAAGAUUAGAACCGCAGCUGUUCGUCAUCCUGAUGGUUCACAUCAUGUUCUUUGGGACAAGCUCCGUGGACAGGUCUGGAAGUCAGAUAAGCAGACAUCACAACUACUGGACGAGCACGUACGGUCAAACGCAUUAAAGACUCUGAAACAGCUGAUCGAGGCGGAGAUCACACUUGCUAGACUUAACAUAUACCCGGUUGAUCAUGCGACGAGCACCAAGUACAGGAGAAUGCUAGACGGUGAAAUUGAGAUACCAGAUCCAGUCAGUGUUGGUCGCAUCCCUGAUGAGACCCCGACGCGAAGAAGAAGCCACUCUCCAGACUCAAAGGAGCAGGACCAGGAGCAACCAUCGCACAAGAAGUUGAAGAUGGAUAUUCUUAGAGAGGCUCAGGCAGGAGUAGGCGAUAUGCAGACGGAAGAUGUUAUCGACAUCGACGAUAUCAGUGAUGCAGAUGACCAAAAGCAAUCACCAACUCCUCUACCGAAAGAGACUUCAUCAACUACGCAGCAGGCGCGCAGCAGCCAAGACAAGAAGAUACAUGAGUUGGAAAGUUCUGUGGGAGGGAGUACCGAUGAAUCUACUGGUUCGUCUUCGCGACGAGGACGAAGAGGAAAGAGAGGCGGUCAACGAAAGAACAAGGUUGCAAAGAAUAGGAUCGAGUAA